AUAUUGCCUGUGAAAUCCUGCGCGCGGGAGCAUCUAUCCAAAGCGAUCGAUUGUGCAAUGGCCAAAGAUUCCACAAUAUCCAAGUUCUAUCUAUAUAUAUAACAUAUAUAAUUGGCACCAGACCACCAUCAAGCACGCCCUAAAAGCUUAAACAAACCAAUACUUGUGAGGAAUGAGGAUCAUGAUAUCUCCCACUAUCUUCAUCUUUUCUCUCCUCCUUUUCUCCUGCCAUGCUGCUGUGCAGGACUUCUGUGUCGCUGACCUCGCAGCUCCUGAAAGCCCCGCAGGCUACGCUUGCAAAAAGCCUGCAGAGGUCACGGUGGCUGAUUUUGUUUUCUCUGGCCUAGGCAUUGCCGGAAACACCUCAAAUCUUAUUAAAGCUGCAGUCACCCCGGCAUUUUCCACGCAGUUUCCUGGUGUGAACGGGCUUGGAAUUUCUUUGGCUCGUCUGGACUUGGCGCCUGGUGGAGUUGUGCCAUUCCACACACAUCCUGGAGGUUCAGAAGUCCUACUUGUUUUGAAAGGAACAAUCACCGCUGGGUUUGUUUCCUCAGCUAAUAAUGUUUACCUUAAAAAUCUUCAGAGGGGUGACAUCAUGGCUUUCCCUAAAGGAUUACUACACUUCCAAGUGAAUUCCGGAGGUAGUCCAGCUGAAGCAUAUGCUAGCUUCAGUAGUGCAAGCCCAGGUCUCCAGAUUCUGGACUACGUUUUGUUUGCAAACGAUUUACCCACUGAAUUGGUAGCAGCAACUACUUUCCUUGACAUUCCUCAGAUUAAGAAGCUUAAAGGCGUUCUUGGGGGUACAGGUUAAGGUCUCCAGAGAUUUUCUGUCCCAAUGGCUUCUUUGUUGUGAUUGAGAAGCUGGUUCAUAAGAGUAGGAUUCUUCUAGUCAGUAGAAGUUUCUUGGUUUAUUAAUGAAAGAGUCAUGUGAGUGGUCUUUGUAUUGCUUGUAGAAGUUUGAAUUGUAUGCUUAGUACUGAGUAUGCCUCUGAUUUUUAAAGCAAUUCUGUAUUUCUGUUGAAGGAAAAUUCCUUUGAUGAAGCCAGAUGAAUAAAUGCACGAUCUGUGUUUUGUGUUA